AUGAAACAUACAAGUACACAUUUCUUUUCGAAUGAGCCUACUGGUAGAAAUGAUGCUAUAAAUCUAAAAAAAUGGUUAUAAAAUCAAAUAGAAAAUAUAUCUUAAAAUACAAGUAUUGAUCAUAAAUCUAAAUUAUAAUAAGCUAGUGAUAUUUUAUUUAUUUGUUUAAAUGAAUUAAUUAGAUAGGUUUCAUUUUAAUGUACAGAAAGAGGAUAAUUAAUGUUAGCUAUUUUUAAAUGUUAUAUAACAGUAUUUAGAAAAACAAUUAAUAUGUUAGAGUCUGAUAAGUAAUAAAUAUAAAUAAUGGGUUAUAAAAAUUAAUUGGAAUUAUAAGUAGAAUUUGAAUAAUAAUAAGAUCAAUUAAAUGAAAAGAUAUUAGAUUACAAGAAAGUCAUAUAGAAUUUAGAAAAUUAAUUGAAAACUUAAAAAGAUGAUGAAUAAAGUUUAAUUAUUAUAGUUUAAAAAUUGACUAAAUAGAAUGAACUUGAUAAAACUAUGAAGAAAAGUGCUGCUACUUUAAUAUCAAAUUUAAAUAGAGAAAUUAAAGAAUUAAGAAAUAAAAUAUCAAAAAUUUAAGAUAUAAAAUAAUCUGGAAAUUAAGUUUUUAAAGUAGAAGAAGAUGAAGAUGAAUAAGAUUUGUCAUUAUCUUAAGUAUUAAAAGAAGUUGAAUAAAAAACAUCUGUUGAAUAAAAUCCUGAUAUUGUUGUUAAAGAUAUUGUUGAUGAACCACCAAAGAUAACUUACUCUGUUUAUUGUUAAACUGAAAUACAAUUAAGUACUUUUGAAAUUUAAACUGAUUUAAAUUUAAUUGGUUCAUAAUAUGAUAGAAUAAUAAAUCAAUAAGAAUUAGAUUAAUAUUUAAAAGAAUUCUAACUUAAAGAAUAAAUGGGUUUCUUUCUUUCAGAUGAUCAAUAAUAAAUAAACAAUAAUAAAAAUUGUUAAUGUUAUCCAUAAAUGUAUUAAGCAAAAGAAUAGAGAGCAAGUUUAAUUAGAAUAUUAGAUGGAUUACCAGGUAAUAUGGAUCAUAUAAAAAAUAUGAAAAAGGAAGAUAUGUUUGAUUUAUUUGUCAAUAAUAUGAAAACAUUGAGAGAAUUAUUUGAUAAAGAAGAACCAAUAGAAAAAUAGGUUUAGAGUGAUUCUGGAUAAUCAAUGUAUAUAGAGCCUCCAGAAAUAAAUAGUGUUGAGAAAAGAUCUAUUAAUAAUAAGGAUUCUAAAAAUAAUACUAGAUUGAUUGCAGAAGUUGCAGAAAUGGAUGAAGCUUCUCCAAUGCCAAAUGGUUAAUAAAGAAUUAAUUUUAGUUUAAAAAAAUUAUCAUUUGAGAAAAUAGAAGUUUAAACAAUUAAAAAUAAUACAAAUUCUUAAAAACAAAAUCAAAAAUCUAAUAAAAAAUAACUUGAAAAAAUGUUUAGUUCAGAUAAGUUGGCAUUACCUAUUGUAAAAGAAUUUUAAACAAAUGAACUUACUUAGACAUAAAUUCUUACUAAUUCAAAUACACAUAUUAAUACUAUAAAUACGAAUUCUUCUAACAUUUAAAGUAGUCAAAAUUUAUAAAAUAAUACUAUAAGUAAUAAAUUUGGAUUAAGUAGACAAGAAUAAAUUUAAUUAAAAACUUAAGUUGCUAUGUUAAUUAUGUUGUAUAACUUAUAAAUUUAAAAAUAAUAAAAUUUAACUAAAUCUAUGAAUGAUUUUGCAGGAUUAUUAAAUUAAUUAUUUUCAUUUACUAGAAAAUUGAUGAUUCAUAAAUUAAGAACAUAAUAAUAAUCUCAUAAAUAAAUAGCUGAAUAAUUUUUAGUAGAAUAUGAUUCUUUACGUAAAAGAAUGCCUGUAGAAUUAGAUAUAGAGAUUUAAGAAGAAGAAUAUCUAAUAACUGAAUUUGAUGAAGAAGAAGAGAAAGAGAAGAAAAAAUAAAUACUUUUUAAGAAAAAGAAAAAUAGAAUUACUAAAGCUUUGCAAUUUAAUUUUUAAUAAAAAUAAAAUAAAGUAAAUGUAAUUGAUAGAUUGAUGCAUCCAGGAGUAAUAUUAGCAAUUAAAGCUAAAGAAUAAUCAUAUUUAUUUUAAAAAGUUGUAAAUUAUUGGCCUUUUAAAAAUGUAUUAAGAACAAUUACAUAAUUAUAUGAUGAAAAGAUUAGAAGUAGUAAAGACAAUGAGUCACAAAAGGAUCUUGAAAUGUAAAUCUUUGUUUUUAAUAAUUUUUUAAAUAGAUAUGGAUUUAAAAAUGUUGCUGAAAAGAAAUAUUUAUAAUUUCUACUUUCUGUUAUUCAUUUCUCAUCUAUUUUUAGAGUAAAUGUAUUUGCAAGAAUGAUUGCUAUACUUUAAGAUGAACAUUUGAAUUUUUCAAUAGAAGAAUCAUCUUUCUUUUUAUAAGGGUAUGAUUUCAUGUGUUCUGAAUCAUCUUUAGGAGUUAAUGUUGUUCAAAGUGAAAGUGAAUAAAAAUUUCAUGUUCCUUACUUAAGAGCUUUGGAUUAUAUGAAAGUAUAUUUAGAAAAUAAAAUGAUGGAAGAUGAACUUUGA